GAAAGAUUUCACUUUCUGUUCCGCUGAAUGGAAACCGAAAGAGUCAGAAGGUUAAAGUUCUGCCGUCAGCGGCUCGUUGUGAGAGGGUUCAUGGAGGACCAGGAGGCCACGCGCACCUGCGGCCAGUGCCAUAAAGAAGUUGCAGAGACAAACUUCGCUCUGCAUGAAACUCACUGCAGCCGCUUCCUGUGUCUCUGCCCCGACUGUGGAGAAUCAGUUCCCAGAGAGCAACUGGACCAACACAGAGAGGAAGAGCACACCCUGGUGAGAUGCUCCAAGUGUAACCAGAAGAUGGAGCGCUGUCAGCUGAUGGAUCAUGAGGCUGAGGAGUGUGUGGAGCGUCUGCAGAGCUGCUGCUUCUGUGAGCUGGAGCUGCCGUGGAAGGAGCUGGACGAGCACAGUCUGGCCUGCGGGAGUCGCACCGAGCUCUGCAGGGACUGCGGCCGCUACGUCACCCUGAGGCAGCAGCCCGAGCACGCCUCCACCUGCACGGCUGCGGACGACGACUCAGGUUCUCCUCAAAGUGCCAGCACGCCGCCAGCCGCCAGAGAAACUGUAACAAUGAGUUGUCGCGGAUGUUCGGAACCGUUUCCAGUGGAGGAGAUCGAGCAACAUGAGCUGGAGUGUGUUCCAGCUGCCGGGCUGGACGAGGCUGAGGGGGGGGAGAGGGAGGUGGAGGGGGGAGAGAGGGAAGGUGGAGAGAGGGAGGUGGACUCCCCUCCCUGGCUGAGCCGGGCCUCUAUGGCUGCCUCCCUGUCAGACGGCCUCAGCAGGGGUCCCUGGGGGGAUGCAGGUGACCCCCACCAGAUCAGCACCUGCCCCCACUGUCACCUGGCGCUGCCCCUCCUCACCCUGCGCUGGCACAAGGUGAAGUGCCAAAUCUACAUCUGCUUGAAUUAAAGAGCGAGUUCCUGCGGAGGACGCGCUGCUUCAGCUCUGGAUCAUCAUCGUGUGGUCACAUCGUGGAUCACGUUGUGAUGAAGAAGGUUAAUGUUCCUGUUGUUAAAUAUAAAAACUAAAGUGUAAUGUAAUGUAAAAAUAAUCUGUGGAAUUGUUUUGAAGUGUGUUCACAUAAAAGGUUCACAAGUCAA